AUUUCAUGAAUAUUUACAGAGUAAACAGAAGACUGCAUUGAGGAAUAGCGCGGUGUCAGGGUAGCAGCUCGGUUUGCGCAAUGCAACACGAGUAGAAAGCUAAAGUCAUGCAGGAAGCUCGACCGAUAAAAGAUGGGGUUAAAACCACAACAAAAAGCUGCUGUCCUUAUUCUUACCUGUAUGGGGAGAACUAGGUCAUGGAAUUCUGAAGAAACGAGCUCUGCAAGCAGAUCAUCAGGGUGCAGCCGGGGGAAUUGAUAUCUAUUUUUCCCAAACAAGAGGGAGUUUAAAUUAGUCGGAGGAAAAACAACAUGAGGGGAGAACGCAACUGAGGAAGGCGAUAACUGCUUGCAGCACAGACGGGCGUGGAUUUAACAUUUAGCUGGGUUAGUUUGGAAACGAAAAGCGAGUUUUUAAAAGAAUGGACUUCAGAAGGGCUGCAUUCAGAAGGAAAGAUAAUACCUGGGCGCAACAUUCCCAAGAUGUGUUGUCGCAGGUGGGACAUUCGAAGGAGCGUGUGUUGGAAAAGAAAGGUAAACAGCACUGUUUCAGCUCGCCUCCCCAGGCCCCCGAUGAAGGAGCCUGUGUGGUUUUGAAAGUCUCUCAAACAAAAGUUGGCAGCAGUCCGAAAUCUCCUUUACCGGAACAUAAGCCGGCCACCCCAAACUCCUGGAUAACUCACAGUGCCGGCCGCAGAGAUGCUUCACGGAUAAAUCGAGGAAGUCCAGGCAGCAGGCUUGCAUGCCAGACAUCCAGCCCCAAGCCUCCCGUGCCUCCAAAGCCCUCAGCCCUCCAGAGUCCGGGGACGGGACUGGCGAACCAGAACAGCAGCAGCAAAGCUCCCCGAAGCGAGAGAGGCCGGAUGGAGGAGACGCCACCGCCACAGGGGGGGCCCAGGGGCAAGGUGUCCCAUCUCAUCAGUCACUUUGAAGGAAGCAGCCCUUGCGAAGUGAGGAAAGAUGGCACUCCAGCUGCAAACACUCCUAAAGGUCUCGUGAAGCAACAUAGCGCCACCUCCAAAUCUUGGCUCUCAUCGCACUGCCCCAGACAGAAGACAGAUCCUGCGAGGUGUAACCACAGCACAGAUGCAGCCUCGGAGCCCCAGGAUUCACAGAAACACACGGCCAAUGGAGUGGUAGCACAGAUGGAGGUGACAGAUAAAGAGGAGAUGCCCCCGUCCUCAUUCGAGAGACCAGGUCAGCAAGACAGCACCACAGUGGACAGUGCUUUAGUGAAUGGAGACAGAGGGGACUUAUCAACACAAACUACAAACGCCUGCAAAGGUCAGGCUAAAAAUAGCAUCAGCAGGACUCCAGACAGCCGGGCUGUAGCCCUUCCAGAUACAGACCCGGGAGUGUGUGUGGAUGGGACCAGCACAGAUGGUUCAGAACCAGAGCUGGAGAAAAGUGAGGAAACUAAAAAUGAGCAAAAUAACAAGAAAGCGGAUACCAUGGAAAUCACGGAAACAAAUGAACAGAAAAUUUACAAGAUUGCCAGAGAACUUCUACAAACAGAAAGAGCUUACGUCACCCGGGUAAACCUCCUAGACCAGGUAUUUUGUGCCAAACUGAUGGAAGAAGCCAACAAGGGUACAUUCCCAGUUGACGUGGUAAAAAACAUCUUCUCCAACAUCUCCUCCAUCAACACCUUCCAUGGGCAGUUUCUGUUACCGGAGCUGGAGAAGCGGAUGGGAGAAUGGACCUCGACGCCGCGGCUAGGAGACAUCCUUCAGAAGCUGACCCCCUUUUUGAAGAUGUACGGAGAAUAUGUGAAGAACUUUGAGCAGGCCAUGGAGCUGCUGAAGAUCUGGACAGACAGGUCUCCGCAGUUCAAAACCAUCAUCCAGGACAUUCAGAAGCAGGAGGUGUGUGGGAGUCUGACUCUGCAGCACCACAUGUUGGAGCCGGUGCAGAGAGUGCCGCGCUACGAGAUGCUGCUCAAGGACUACCUGAAGAAGCUGCCUCAGGAGUCCUCGGACCGCAAGGACGCAGAGAAGUCGCUUGAAAUUAUUGCUACUGCUGCCACGCACUCAAAUAGCGCAAUUCGAAAAUCAGAGAAUCUGAAGAAGCUUCUGGAGGUGUACGAGAUGCUGGGUGAUGAGGAGGACAUAGUCAACCCUUCCAAUGAGUUGAUUAAAGAAGGACAGAUCCAGAAGCUUGCAGCCCGCAACACCUCCGCCCAGGAACGAUACCUGUUCUUGUUUAACAACAUGUUGCUGUACUGUGUACCAAAGUUCAGCUUAGUGGGACAGAAGUUCACCAUCCGGAACAGGGUGGGCAUUGAUGGCAUGAAGGUGCUGGAGACCCUGAAUGAAGACUAUCCGCACACCUUCCAGGUGUCUGGGAAGGAGAGGACACUGGAGCUCCAGGCCAGCUCUGAACAAGACAAAAUCGACUGGAUAAAGGCCUUCCAGAAAACAAUAGAUAUAUUUAAUCAAAAGAAUGAGACCUUCAAAAUGGCCAUAGCAAAGGAACAGGAGGAGCACCCUCUUGAAGUUUCGUCUGCAGAGCUGGGGAAAAGAGCCCCGCGCUGGAUACGAGACAACGAAGUGACCAUGUGUAUGAAGUGCAAGGAGCCCUUCAACGCACUGACCAGGAGGAGGCAUCACUGCAGAGCAUGUGGAUACGUUGUGUGCUGGAAAUGCUCAGACCACAAAGCUCCGUUGGAGUACGACAACAGUAAAAUCAACAAAGUUUGCAAAGACUGCUACUUCAUUUUAAUGGGACGCUCCGACAGCGAGGAGAGAAAUGACAGUAAGAAGAAAGGAAUUUUGGAGAUUGAGGCUGCUGAAGUCUCUGGAAACAGCAUUAUCUGUGGAUUCCUGCAGUAUUUAGAGAAGACAAAACAGUGGCAGAAAGCUUGGUGUGUCAUCCCCAAAAACGAAGCGCUGGUUUUGUAUUUGUACGGAGCCCCACAGGAUGUGAAAGCCCAGGCGACGAUUCCUCUGCUGGGGUACACGGUGGAGGAGAGCCAGCGCAGCGGGGACCUGCCGCACAGUUUCAAACUGACCCAGUCCAAGUCUGUGCACGGCUUCUCAGCGGAGAGCGAGGAGCUCAAAAACAAGUGGCUGAAGGUCAUCAAGAUGGCGGUGAAGGGGGACUUCACCGAGCCAGAGCCCGAACCCAGCGCAGACCCUGCAGCCUCACAGGACAGCCCGCCAGACAGUCUCUGAAACACACCGUCCUGUGAAUGUGCAUAGGCUUUCAAUACAAGCCACUUUCUGCUGUUUGCUCCGUAGACAGAUUUAGUUUUCUUCUCAUCCACCUCCAUUCUCAACAAUACAAUCUGAUCGAAUACUGAUGCGAUAAUUGGUUUUUAGUAGGUUUGUAUAUUUUAACACUAGGAAUGAAAAGAAGAAAAAAUGAGUUGUUUGAAUGGACCAACCCCUGGAUGUGCACCAAGACUGACCAUUGUAAAAACAUCAGCUGGGAACACUUGUCAUUGCAUUUGCAGUAAGACAAAGAGAUGACACCUAAACAUAUUUCUGACAUUUUCUUAUUCACAUAACUUGGUGCUUCAGCUGGCAGUUGUCUUGUCUUAUCUCAGUAAUCUCGAAUAAUACAGAAGGUUGCACGAGAACAAGGAAGAGCUUCUACAGCAAAACAGUGGUGUUUCUUUGAACACUUCUUUCAAAUCAUCUGUGGUCUGUUUUGUGCUGCAAGUCAGUUUUUUAAAAGCUUUUCUUGCAGCAAAGAAAUUCCUGCAAGUAUUAGAUAUAGCUCUGAAAUGCAGCUUACCUCCAGUGAUGUUCAGAUUGGGGAUUUUAAGCUUGGAUGACCAGAUUCUUGAUUUAUCCAUCCAUCGGUCUGACUGACUAUUGAUGUCAACUUGUAGCCGCAGAGUGGACGUCCUCCUGACAUUACAUGAACAUUAUGUAAAAGUAUAUUAUGAACAAGUUUAUGUGCCUCCUUGUUUAAAAAAAAUAUAUAAAUUCCAAAUAAAUUAAUAAAUGCUGUAUUUUGAAUCUUAAAAAUGUGUCAUUUAAAAAAGAGAAAAAGAAAGAUAUAUUACAUACUGGGUAUAAAAUAUGUUCCCAACUUUUGUGGUUUUGUUUUUGUUAUUCUUGUUGGUUAUUGUAUUUUGUGAUGUUUUUCCAUCUCUUCAGUCCCAAUGCAAUUACAGUACUAAUGAUUUAAAUAUAUGUAUAGUUUGUUCUUGUCUUGCAAUUCAUUUAAGUCUGUUAAUUAUUGGGCGUGUUUAAAUAAAAAAAAGAAAAAGAAACUUUGAAUGUAAAAUAAUAGAUUGUAUAUACAUAUAUGGCCGUGAUUGUCAGAAUUAUUACACACUUUAAAUUGUCAAACUGAACAAAAUGUGUACCUUGUAAAAUAAACUGUAAAAUGAUUCUGUGUAUGUAAUUCAUCCUUUUGGAUCUUAUUUU